AUGACGACUCCUGCGAGAUCACCAAUUAGACAACAUGGUCCACUUCUCCUACCAAAAAUCCGUCCACAAGAUCAGGAGAUUAGUGCUUCUCCCUCAACUGCCAUGAGAGUAACCAAAUCAUCGAAAAAGAGUGCUGCUGGUCAUGCACUCAAACAUAAUAGGAGUUACACGAAUCCCGAGAAAAUCGUGUUUAACUCUGAUAUCUUCCCUUCCAGUACUCGUCCAAUGUCUACUCUAUGCUCGCCAAUGCAUGCUGUUCAGUCUAUUGAAAGUCAACAUAGACGUUCCUCAAGUUCUAGUCUCGAUGGUCAAACACUAGGCAAAUAUGGAUUCCCAACAUACCGUCAAAUGCCAAGCUACAUUCAACAAUCCCCAAAUCUGUCAGUCAUGGAAUCAUACUCACCACAACCACACGAGCGCUAUCCUACCCCCGCACGUGAACCAUCUCCCCUAGCUCAAAGUAUCAACAUAGAUGAUAUCACUCCAACCCAUCUCGACAAUGGUUUAACCACUAACCUCGCCACCUACCUCACCUCCCAAAACCCAGCUCCAGCUCUCGUCCGUCAACUUAAUAUCCACGUCCGUGACACCAACGCAAAACAUUUCUGGUGGGAUAUCCGACAAAUCCGACCCUGGACCUCUUUCAACACUGACACCAUCUCCUCGAUUCCGGGUUUUCACAGCCUUCUAAACUUAAGUCUCCCAUCCAAUAUUUUCCACCAACCAUCUCGCGCCUGUUCCAACCCGGAAAACGAACAAGAACUCCAAAAUAUCUACACCCAAUUUUACGCCACAAAAUUAAACCACGCUCUUUCCAUUUCCCAAGGAACACGUCAUCUAAUGAUUCGCGCAUCAUCCGCCAUGGCUCAAAAAUCCGGUGAUCCGUCAUACAUCUCAAAUUACACAGAUGAUAACUCCAAACUCAUCUACGGACGAGGAUUAGGACGUGUAGUUGGACUCGUCAAAUCAUUUGAUCGCUGGAAUACUGGUAUGCGCGUUGAAGGAAACCAUCGCAAGGUCGAGUAUCUCCGGGGUCUCGCCCAUUUACACAAAUGUAUGCGAGAAAACAACUGUCGCUACGGAUUCAUCAUGACAGAAAUCGAACUUGUAGUAGUAAGAAACGGCUCAGAAAGUAUCCCCCACUUCGGCUAUCUCGAAGUCCAAACCAUCCAACUCGCCGCUCACUCUACUCCUCCUUGCACUUCCACUUCUACAUUCUCCGAGGUGCCAUCUUCAUUCCCCCAACACGAAGCAGCAGAUUCAAAUGUGCAUGAAAACCCUCUUAAAAUGACAGCUUUACUCGCUCUUUGGUAUCUCCAUAUGUUAGCACGUGAUGAGAUUCUUCCCGGACAAGUGGGUUGGAAGACGGAGAUUGGAGCGCCGGCUGAAGGGACGAGGAGGAAGAUUUUGCCGAAGGAUGACUGGAUUCCUGAACCGCAGUUGGCUGAGAAGAGAGAGGCGAAGAGGGGGAGGGGGUGGGUUUGGCCUGAGGAGAGUGUUGGGAGGAAGGAGUUGGGGAAGAGGGGGGUUAGGUAUUAG